UUGUCAUAUGUAAAUAGACGGAAGAUUUUACGUCUUUUCUUCACCCAUUAACUUUGCGGAGUCGAGGCGGUCGAAGAAGGACGAGAAUUUCAGGCGUUUUCCUUGCGAGAGAAAGAGGAGUUCUUUUUCUUUUCUUCCUUUUUUUUUUUUCUUCUUUUCCUUUUUCGCAAUGAAAGAGUUAGGGUUUCCUGAUGUUAACAUAACCCAUUUUACCAGUGGUAGAGAACUAGAUUCUAGCAAGGAUGUGAACCAGACACUGCAGAUGCACUCUUCAUUAGUCCGGAGGUUAUCUUUAGACAAAGAGCUGGAGGGUCACCAGGGUUGUGUGAAUGCAGUGGCAUGGAACUCCAAGGGCUCACUCUUAGUGUCUGGAUCUGAUGAUGCACAGAUUAACAUUUGGAGUUAUGCAAACCAGAAUCUUUUGCAUAGCAUAGAUACUGGACAUUCAGCAAACAUAUUUUGUACAAAAUUUAUUCCGGAGACAGGUGAUGAGCUUGUAGCAUCUGGUGCUGGGGACAGAGAGGUUCGUGUAUUCCGUGUAUCUCAUUCCAGUGGAAGAAGCCCUGAAGAACGUGUUUAUGAACCAUCGGCAUUGUUCCGCUGUCACACGAGGAGAGUGAAGAAGUUAGCUGUUGAGGCUGGAAAUCCGAAUGUGGUAUGGAGUGCAAGUGAGGAUGGCACAUUGAGACAGCAUGACUUCAGAGAAUGUGUUUCCUGCCCUCCCUCUGGGUCUGCUGAUCAAGAAUGUCGUAAUGUUCUUCUUGACCUACGUUGUGGCGCAAAACGAUCGUUAACAGAUUCUCCUAGGCACUGCUUGGCUUUAAAGUCGUGUGAUAUUAGUUCCACUCGGCCUCAUCAAAUCCUAGUUGGUGGAAGUGAUUCUUUUGCUCGUUUAUAUGAUCGACGAAUGCUGCCUCCGUUGAGCUCUUGCCAAAAGCGGACAAAACCACCUCCAUGUGUCAAUUACUUCUGUCCGAUGCAUCUUGCUGAUCAUGGGCGUUUGCAUCUCACUCAUGUCACUUUCAGUCCUAAUGGAGAAGAGGUUCUUCUUAGUUACAGUGGGGAGCACGUGUACUUGAUGGAUGUCAAUGUUGGUGGAGAUAGUGUCAUGAAGUAUAGAGCUAGUGACAUUCCAAAGCGAAUGGUUUUGGCUCCACUACCAAAUGGGACAGAGAUACUUUCACUAUCUCAUUGUAUGCCUGCUGCUUUCUGCAAAAUUGGAAAUGGUUCUCGCAGGCUUCAUGCAUGCCACGAGUUGCUUCAAGCUGCUAAAAGGUCAUUGGAGGCAGGUUCAGACCUUGUUUAUGCGAUCGAUGCAUGUACGGAAGUGUUGGAUGGAAAAGGUCCUGAAAUUGGAUCCACACUGAAGCAUGACUGCCUUUGUACACGAGCAUCAUUAUUUGUCAAGAGGCAAUGGAAGAAUGAUCUUCAUAUGGCUAUCAGAGAUUGCAACAGAGCUCGAGGCAUUGAUCCUUCAUCAUUCCAGGCUCAUUUUAACAUGGCUGAAGCACUUUUAGAGCUCGGAAGGCAUACUGAGGCUUUAGAUUAUGCGCAUCGAGCACAACUCUUGGCUCCAAAUUCUGAAGUGGCAGAAACUUUACGAGAAAAUAUUUUGGCAGCUGAGGCUGAAAAGAACAAUAAGAACAGUGAUGGAACGACAAAGGCUGAGGAACGAUCUAAGCGUGUUCGUUCAUUGAGUGAGUUGCUCUAUCGUUCAGAGGUCGAAAAUAGUGAUACAUCACAAGAUGGGCCAAGAUCUGAAAGAGAGGAUUCCGAUUAUGAUGAAGAGAUGGGGGUGGAGUUGGAUUUCGAAACAUCUGUUUCAGGUGAUGAGGGGCGAGAGACUGAACCACGCAUUCUCCGUGGAAGUUUAAACUUGAGAUUUCACAAUAGAGGAGAUUCCGGAAGGGAAGAUUGCAGUACAAAUGGAUCUUGUGGGUCACCCUCAUCAUCUCCGAGAAUGGAAAAUACUUCAACCCAGCCGGAGGUUGUAAUUGAUAUGAAACAGAGAUAUGUUGGUCACUGCAAUGUGGGGACUGACAUAAAGCAAGCAAGUUUUCUUGGCAGAAAAGGUGCUUGCAGGGAUUGAAAAAUUGCCGUGCUGACUCGAGCUCGUCGAAGUCGGCUCAGAUCCAGGGGGUACCUGGGUUUAUUUUCACCUGGAAUCGGGAGAGACGACCCAAACCCCCUUGAAGAUUUUUUUUAUGGUGAAAACAGCUACAAAGCCACUGUUUUUUCAUCAUUUUUGAGACCAAUGACUCAUUCGAUAUUAACCCCCUAUCGAUCAAUUGAUGCAAAAGGUGAUCCGUGAUUGAUAAAAUUCCAGCUUAGGAGCUUGAAUUUUGAUUUUUUUUCCAAGUUUCUUCAUUAAAAAUAUUGUUUUAGGAACCCUAAAAUACAGAUUCACCAAUCCAUUAUUUUCUCGCUCAAAUUUCUACCAAAAAAUUUGAAAUUUGUUUCAAAUUGUUGGUGAAUGAGUUCUCCAUGAAGAUCCUUACUUGGAGUGUAAGGGGCUUGGGACAGUCGUCCCAAAGGGAAGCAGCUAAGGAUUUCACCUUAAAACACCUCCCUGUGAUACUCGCCCUCACAAAAACUAAACUAUCAGAGCCCACCCUCCACCUCGUUCUUCCGGUCUGGGGUAGAAGACCAUGUCAGUGGGCCACUCUGCCAGCGGAUGGGGCGUUAGGGGGCUUAUGGGUGAUCUGGAACCCUUCAAAUCACCUCCUUCUCUCUUCCCACCUUGGGGAGUUCUCCGUCACCGUGCUUCUCUCUCGCACAUCAGACGACUUCCUUUGGAAAUUCUCCGCCAUUUAUGGCCCUAACUCAGCCUCUCUCUGACCACGGCUUUGGGCAGAAUUGGGCCAUGUAGCCUCCCUUCCCCAUCCUACUUGGUGUUUGGGAGGGGACUUCAAUAUCACAAGAUGGUCACAUGAGAGGAACUCUAAUCCCUCUAUCUCCCAGGGAAUGCGGGACUUCCCGGACUUCAUUUUUCGUGAUGAACUCCUAGACAUCCCACUUCAAGGAAACCGUUUUAAGUGGUCUCUCACCCAAUCAAUCCCUCUCUAAACUUGACAGAUUCCUUCUAUCUCUGAAUUGGGAGGAACACUUUCCGGGUUCUCACGCCAUGGCAUUACCAAAACCCACUUCUGAUCACUGCCCCAUCCUCCUGGAUACACUAGCCGUUAGAAGAGGACGUAAGCCAUUCAGAUUCGAAUUAGCCUGGCUGUUAGAGGAGUCUCUCCCUUCCCUGAUCCCAAUAUGGUGGAACUCCUUAUCCGUCUAGGUGUCGAGAAGAGCAGGUUAUAGACUUCAUACCAAAAUCCAACUCCUAAAAGCCUCCCUAAAAGUUUGGAGCAAGUCCAUCCCCGGUAACUACUCCCAAACCAAGUCCUCCCUUCUUAAUAUUAUCCAAGACCUAGUUCGUAUAGAGGAGUCCAGACCUUUGACAAACAUAGAAUCAAACCUCAGAACGAAAACAAAGUUGGAAUACUUCUCUAUCCUCAAAAAAGAAGAACUUUAUUGGUACUAGAGAUCAAGAGUAAACUGGUUAAAAGCAGGGGACCAUAAUAUGGGUUUCUUUCACCAAAUAGCUAAUUGUCGUAGAAGGGACAAUACCAUCUCGAUUAUCUAACUAGAUAAUUGCUAGUUGGUGCAACUAGAGGAAAUAGAGUCUGCCAUUCUUGAUUUCUUCCGGACCCUAUACGCUGUCUCAGCGGGUCCAAGAUCGAGAAUGACCACUCUUGACUUCCUAACCCUUUCAGAAGACUGGGCACUCUGGCUAGAGCGCCCUUUCUCAGAAGAAGAAAUCUUAAAGGCUAUCAAUGAAUUAGCCAAAGACAAAGCACCCAGUCCAGAUGGGUUCCCCAUAGCACCGUUUAAAAUUUUAUGGGAAACUUUUUGUCCAGACUUCUUAAGCUUCUUUGACGAAUUCUUCCACAAGGGAAUUUUCCACAAAGCCAUUAACGCUAGCUUCAUAGCCCUUGUCCCCAAGGUUGAAGGGGCGGAGGAACUAAAGGAUUUUCGUCCAAUUAGGCUCCUCAAUUCCUCAUAUAAAAUUCUGGCCAAGGUUCUGGCCUCAAGGCUACAAUAUGUUCUUCCAUCUAUCAUUUCACCGUCACAGACAACUUUCAUCAAAGAUAGGCAAAUUCUAGAUGGAGCCUUAGUAGCACAUGAGAUCCUAGAAGAAUCAAUGGCUAGAAUGGGGUUUCGGGAUCAAUGGAGAAAAUGGAUGAGAGGUUGUUAUUCCCAUCCUUAUUUCUCGAUUCUCAUGAAUGGACCCCUCAAGGUUUCUUCUCAUCCUCGAGGGGACUGUGCCAAGGGGAUCCACUCUCCCCUUUCUUGUUCGCCAUUGCAGCUGAAGUCUUCAGUUGAUCUAUAUCACGUUUGUAUCACAAAGGCCUCCUCAUUGGAUUCAAGAGCAGCCACAAAGGCCCAAUAGAGUCCCACCUGCAAUAUGCAGAUGACACUUUGGUGUUCCUUGAUGCCUCCUUAGAAUAAAUUGAUAACUUGGGAGUCUAUCUCAAAUGCUUCCAAGUGGUCAUAGGUUUCAAAGUUAACAUGGAAAAGUCAAAGAUGAUAGGAGUGGCACUCACGAAUACAGAAAUCAGAGCUUAAUCCCCAAGUGGGAAUGUAAAGUAGAGGAACUUUCCAUAACUUACCUAGGCUUACCCUUGGGGUUCGGGAAACCAAAAAGGAGACAAUGGUUCCACAUGAUUGAUAAGGUGGAUGGGCGUCUGGCAGGGUGGAAAGGGAGAUACCUUUCCAUGGCUGGCUGUACCACCUUGAUAAAAGCAACAUUGGCAAACACUCCUAUCUACCUCAUGUCUCUCUUCCACAUGCCAACCUCGGUGGCCAAUCACCUGGAACUAGUAGUGAGGAAUUUCCUCUGGUCAGGACAGGCAGAGAGAACAAAAUACCACCUAAUAUCGUGGGAUAGGAUCUGCUUACCCAAGCAUCAGGGAGGGUUAGGGAUCAGGACCCUCAGAAAGCACAACCUGGCCCUCCUUGGGAAAUGGUGGUGACACCUAGCCACGCAGACAGACUCACUCUGGGCUCAAGUAAUACGGAGCAAAUAUAGGAUUUCGGAAGAAGUUUGGGUGGUGCCCAAGAGGAGGCUGCAUGAUAGAGCUUCAGAAGCUUAGAAGUCUUUCGCCUUCUCUCUCUCACAGUUCAAAAAGUUCACAAGAUUCCACCCUAGAGAAGGAACAAGAGUGCGGUUUUGGUCAGAUCUCUUGCUAGGACACACCUCCCUUAGAGAACUCUUUCCCUCCCUAUACUCUCUUGCCUCGAACAAAGACUCUACAAUGUAGAUGAAAUGGUACAAUUAGGAAGUCGAAGAGUCUGGAACCUCUUGUUAAGAAGAAACCUCGUAGGCGAGGAAACUAGCCUUUUCCAGUCACUCUCGGUAAUUUUACAUUCCACCUUCAUCUCUUUUGAAGGGAGAUACUCCAUGAUUUGGAUGCUAACCCCCUCUGGUACAUUCAUGGUGGCCUCCUUAUACAAAAGACUCAUCCAACCCCCCACUUACCCCCUAAAUCAUACCUCUGUAUUUCCAAGGUCUGGUCCACAAUUGCCCCCCCCCUAAAGUUCAGACCUUCAAUUGGAUUGCUUGUUCUCAACAGGCACUCACAGUGGACCAGCUUCAAAAAAGAGGGAUUCCAAUCCCCAAUAGAUGUGCCAUGUGUCUCAGCAAGGAGAAUCGAACUCACACCUCUUUAUCCACCACGAGGUAGCCCACAACCUCUGGGGUCAACUGUUACAGCUGUUUCACCUCCAAUGGGUUACUCCAUCGACGGUCAAGGCCCUAAUUAACAUGGAACAUGCAUCAAUUAGGCUGAAGGCUGGAAGUACUGUAUGGAAGGCAGCCAUUGCUGCGUCCAUAUGGGUGAUAUGGGUCGAGAGGAAUAUGAGAAUAUUCCAAGGACACAAGCUUUAGGUACCAGCCCUGUUCCACAAGGCCCCUACUCUAGUAACAUUUUGGGCAUCCAACCACAGGGUGUUCUUAGGCAUUCUAGCAAAUGCUUUUAUCAGCCAAUGGGAAAACUUACUUUACCACAAUCCACCAAAGGUGCAAAGACCAAAGGGCACAAUAAAGCUUAACUUUGAUGGCUGUUCCCUAGGGAAUCCUGGCCCUGCAGGAGCUGGUGGAGUCUUUAGAGACCACCAUUGCUAGAGACCACCAUUGCAACAUCCUCUUUGCCUACUCUGAACAUCUAGGCCAUAGAGACUCGCAAUAUGUUGAAGCUGUCAUUGCUGAUAGGACUCAAAAGCUUCAAUCAUUCCUAGGGCUCAAACCUCUUAGUGGAGGCAGACGCACAUAACAUUUUAGCUUGGGCAACUGGGACGACACCACCCCCAUGGUACGUAGCUUCGAUCUUUGAUGAAAUUGCCUACAUCUGCAGGGAUACGCAUGUCUCAUGGAAGCAUAUAUGGAGGACAUGCAAUGAGUUCGCCGAUAUUCUGGCGAAAUACGGGGCUAGGAGCCAAGAAGAAGAUAGCGCCUGGUUCUUCACCUUUUUUUAUCAGGACCAUAGAAGGCAUACUACGUAGAACAUCUCAUUGUACUCGGGCAACAUUAUAACUUAUUCUCUUUGUGAACUUACUGUAAAUCCUUUGUAAUCAGGUAGAUUUAUAAGCCCACAUUUUGUAUAGGGUCUACUAACCUUUUUUGUACUGAGAGACCCGCCUAAAGGGCUCUCUCGGACUACCACAAUCUGUACCCAACUUCUCUAAUGCAAUUCAAAGGUUAACAUUUCAAGAAAAAAAAAAGAGCUCUCCAUCUAAGGCGUGUUGAAUUUUCUUGGAUAAAAUAAAAAAUUUGACGUGAUUCAAGCUAAAUUUUUUGUGUUUUUUGUGAUCCACACUCCGAUCUCAAGUCCGGAACAUCUUUGAGUUUCAAUGAACAAUUUCAUUAGUGUUUAUCUUUUUGGAUAACAAUAGUAUUUAUUUAUUUUUUUGUCGUGGUUUAUAAUUUUCCUAAAAGUUUUUGAGAAAAAUGAGAUUUCAAUGGGUUUAUUAUUAUUAUUAUGACUAUUAUUAUUAAUAUUUUUGGUCCUAUUGAGGGUAUGGCAUUGAUCGGGUAGAAUGGUGGGACAAAAUUCGUGUAGCUGACCCCAAAUGGUUGGUAUAAGGCUCUGAUGAUGAUGAUGGUUAUUAAUUUUUUUGUUCUUGAUUCUUGUAGGUGUGGUUUAGAUAAAUUUAGUAUAUUUGCAUUUUUUUUUGGUCUGAAUUUUGGGUUUUCCUGAAUUUUUUUGGGAAAAUUCAAAAUUUUCUGAAAUAUUGUGUUAAUUUUUUAUGUUUUCUUCUAAGUUGACCUAGGUAGGGUGUAGAUAAUUUUUGAAUAAUAUAUGUAUUUAUUCUUUUUUUGUCUAUGUUCAAGGUAUUCCUGAAAAUUUUGAGCCGAUUAUAAUUUUUUUGUAAGUAUUAUGUUCAAUUUGUUUUUUUUUUGGAUCUUGUUUUUGGUUAUAUUAGGGAGUUUUUAGAUAGUUUGUGAAUAAUGUUUGUAACAAUUUAGGGUUUUUCUGAAAUUUGAGAAAUAUGCAGAGGGUUUUAUAAAUAUUAUGUUGAGUUUUUUGCCUUUUUUUGUUCUAUUCUUUCUUAGGUAGAUUCCAGAUAAAUUUUAACUAGUAUUUUUAUUUAUUUGUCUUGGUUUAGGGUAUUUCUGAAGAAGUUUUGGAAAUCUCCAAUUUUUCUUUUUCAAAAAUUCUUGUUGGUUAGGGUUUAGAAUUUUAUUAUUCUUGUUUUUUGUUAGUUAGCGUUUAGAUUUUUUUACUCUUGCUUUUUUUGUUCUUGUCCUUUUGCAGUUUAUUGCAUUUUUUACUGGGAAAUGACUGUGGCACAUAGGCAAGAAUCAAACUCUCGGCGUUCGCACAUAUUUGGUAGUUUCCUUCAAAAUAUGUAACACUUUGAUUAAAAGUUUUCCACAAACUGACUAAAUUUGGCUUUCAAAUUUGUUGAAUACUCUUUUGAAAUCAUUUUAUAAGCUUUGGACGGCCUACCGGUCCGUGUUGAUCUGUUCGCUAAGUCAAUUGUGACCUAAUAGGUGGCUGGUUCGGUUGCUCUAGUCGACUUUUGAAACAUUGGGUGCUCCAAAAGUUAAGCAAAUGGUGUGCUCCCAUGGGAGCAUACUCUACUGUGCACUUCUUCAUGCAAAAGGCUUAUCUAGGAGUGUUUUCUCAAUCUAAAAUCUUGUUAUCCACUCUAUAAUAACCAGAUGAGUAUUCUCAAGAAGAAAAGAAAAAAAUAUUCUCUUAUGAGGUUGGUCACUAGGUUCAGUAUAUUCCCAAAAUUUGGUUUCCUAAAAAUAUUCAUAAAUAGGGUGUUCACUUCAGGGUACAUCCUCAAGAGUACAACCUUGUGACAAUUAAUACAUAAAGAUAGGGAUUCAAGCUUUUGCUUUGGCCUAGGUCGAAAACCCUGAAGCCCUUAGCUGAAAUGAAGUGAGCUUUACAACACUAGUACAUAUCAGCCUACCAGCAACUAAAAGCUUGUUUUCAGCCAGAGAAACUUGUCCUAGUUAACUUGACUAGUCUAAUAGGAAAAAUUUACUGGUAAAAAAAUAUGAACAUGUCCGGGUUUUUCCUUCAGUGUAAUUUUUUAUGUUGACUCGACUGACAUAUGGUUUCUUCCACUGUGGUGCCAUAUUGACAUCAAUUGGGUUACAUGCUCGGUUUGAUUCCCCAUUCGAUCCCCUCAUUUUGAAUUUCUUCAGACAGAAGUUAAGGGAUUUUUUUUCCUUUGAAAAUUACCUUGUUGCAUUCUAAAAGUCCGUGUUGUUUACACGAGCAUAUCCAUUCAUUCGGACUUUGACUUUGCCCAUUCUUUCCUCUGACUCUCCUGAGAAAGAAGUGGAGAGGGCAGUGGUUGGUGGCAAAGAGGAGUAGGAAGGUUAUAGGUGGACAAUGCAUCGGAUUAGCUUUCAUACUUUGAUUCGACGUGAGAUACGAUCAAUCCAUCAUUCCAUAAGAGUCGUAAUCCCGCAAGCCUUUCUCAUUUAACUAGGGCGACCUGUUUGAUAGUAAUGUAGGGCGACUACUCUUCUAAAGGGCAGGCGACGACCUCUUUUGGAUCUAUUGAACAUGCUUUUGAGUUGACUUGAUUGAAUCUCGGCAUUGGCAAAGGGCAAGGUCUCUCCUCGAGAUUGGAGCUUGAGCUCAUAUCGAUAUGCCAGAGGUACCGGCUUUGUUCCGCAUGGUUACCAUGCUCAGGCUUUAGGCCCUGUUCUAAUAUCUGUGCAGAAGCCUCACAGUGCCAUGGUCUCGACUGCCUUCUUUGGUUUGCUGUUCUCUUAAAAGUGCUUCUAAGACGCGGACUCCACCAAUAGCUAUUAGAAUGUGUCUCGUUGCCACUCCUAACAGGUAUCACUAGUAGAAGGUAGUAGUAGUAGCUGUGGAGUGCUUCAUUUGCUCGGUAUAGGCAAUUUCGUCUCAAGAAGAAAUAGUAAACCAACAUUUUGCUGAUUUUAAGAGUUCCAAUAUCUGAUAAUCUGCCAUGGUCGCCUUGGAGGCCACGGACGUUCCAAGAUAUAACCGACAUUGAAGUACAUGUUAAUUUGAUGUUAAAGACUUGUCCAACUAGAAGUCAACAUGCUUGACCUAAAAGUAAUUGGCAUUUGGAUGCAUUACCAUUGCAAUAAUGAGCCCGUGGCAAACUUUAAACCGUAAUUUAUGGCUUCUGUGAGUGAAAAAAUAUGCGCGUGUAGGCUGUGCUAUACAUUUGGAUGGCGUUAUUCCUUCCCAGAAUUCAUAUUGUGAUUUGUAACAUUGGCUUCUGUGUCUUCCUUUUUCUCUAUUGUGGACAGUGUUUUAUUGAAAACAAUUGGAUGUACCAGUUUGAUACCUUUACAAAAUUGAUCCCUAGGUGAACUUCCAACUUAAACCAUGAUUUACGGUUUCUUUAAUGAACAUGUGGGUGUUUGAGUGAUGCAACCUGAGUGGUUUGUGUCCAACUUGAUUGUCCAGCAAGUGAGCAUUCAAGUGAACAUUAGCUUAUGUAUUUAAGCUCCACUUUUUGUUAGGUCUAUUUAUGGCUUUCAUCUUUUCAGUAUUGCUUGGAUCAAGAUUUAAUUGUAUGGCUCUAUCUGCAAGACUUUGAGACCAUAAAUCAUGUGUUAUGUACACUUGCAAUUAUCACGGAAUGGUUUCCCAUUUUAUAUUAAUCUUUUCUAUAGCAGUAAUUUUGUUAUGUUGUCUUCUGAGUCUCU